AUGGCCCCAAAACUCUUCGCCAGCUCACAAGCAAAGUUAGAUCAAUACAUACACUCAUUCACAGUCUUCUGCCGAACUCAGGCCUUCGACUUAGACUCGCAGAGUUUCAACUUCGAGCGCACUCACAGGAGAGCUGAAAGCAAUUGUCAUGUCAUUGAGAGCACUUCUGGUCCUGCCCAGACCAACACGGAGUUAGGAAGCGCGGUACUGACGGUACCCAAGCUUCAUGUCGAGAGGAAGGACACGUAUAUCUGCAAAGGGGGUGUCGAUGCCCGUCGCCUGCUGAGUCUCACUCGGCAGAGCUUGUACCUGUCAGCGAAGAACUUGGGCGGUACCGUAUUGGUUGAUGAAAGGAUUAUUUACCCGAAAUUGGAAGGGAAAUCUCGGAAGCCAGAUCAAUACAAAGUGAAGAUUCAUUACUUCGCGAGCGUUGCACGGUCACGGUGGCCUGAUGCAAAGAAACCCGUCCGGCUCGAGGCAGUAAAAGGCGUCAGAGGUUUGAUGACCGUACUGGAUCGACAAUGA